AUCAUCAUUUAACGUUAUUUGUUGCGACAGUUGUCUAAACUUAGCUUAGAAGUUUUUCUCUCCUCUAUUAAAGAUUUUAAUAGCAAGUGUUUUAUAAGAAGCAAAAUACGUGAAUUGAAUAAGUGGCUCGUCAUGUUGGUAUAACUUCUGUUAUCGGUCAGAUAAAUAAAGAAUGCGCGGAGGGGAGAUCUGUUUGGAAUGUAUAACGGAGCUCGUGAACACUUGUAGUGGAACGCGUUGGGAGAUAUAUUUAGAACCUGCUGAUCCCUCCACGAAGUCGGUGGACCCAGUAGAGAAGUGCGAAUGCAAAUAUUGCGACUUCAUAAGGCGUAUAUUGAUACCGGAGAUGGUCCAUAAUCGUUAUUUCUGCGAGCCCGGAUCCAGAGAGUUCGUCGAGUUCGAUUCCGUCGAUGUGGAGCACUUUGAUCGGAAGAGCAGUAGCAAGAACACGCUACACCGGGUGACGGCGCGCGUAAAGUUUUCCGGAGUGACAUGUAGCUUUCCUCUUAUUAUCAAGCUGCUUAAACACAUGGAAACUGUGCCGUCCGGUCCAUUCCUGAACGAGGAGAUGUUUUACAGCAAGAUGACGCUCAACUAUGGAACGGACGGCAUCCCGAAGUGUUAUGUGUCCGACCUGGGUCGAUUCGAUGGUCAGCCUGUUAUCGUAUUGGAAGAUCUGGCCACGCGUGGUUAUACGCAAGUAGAUGAUAAAUUGGACGAGGAUCACCUGAAAUUGUGCAUGAAAGCUUUGGCAACGUUUCAUGGCAAGGGAUUGAAGCUGAAGGCAGAUACGUUUCCCAUUUUCAAGGAGUUCUAUGCGAAACUGUCCGUACCGAUGGAUUGGUUGCACUUUCAUACAAGCUCUUCGACAGGCAAUCCCAGCAUAUCUGAAAUUAUUGGAACAUCGUUAUUGAAUCCUGGAUUUGGUUUAAACAUUUCAUUAGGUCCCAUUUUGUUACUUGAGGCAGCUCUCUCCGAGAAAAUAAGAAAUAAGCAAGACGUAACGACUGAAAUGGAGCCUAAUGAUUUUUGGACCAUCUGUCAUGGUGAUUUCACGCGGAAUAACUUGUUAUUCGAGUACGAGAAUGGGAGACCGAGCGACGUAAAAGUGAUUGAUUGGAGCACAAUGAGGUACUGUUCACCAUCGAUCGAUUUCGGUCACAUUCUCCUCGAAAAUCUACCUGACGACGAUAAUCUGUCGAAGGUCACGAUAUUUUGCCAGAAUAUUUUAGAGAUUUAUUUAGACACGGUGAAAGAUGAAUAUCCGGAAGUAGAUCGUGAACUUUUGAAACGAGACAUUAUCGCCAAGCUGCCGUUUGCGUACGGCAUGAUUGAAAAUCGGAUGCUUAAAAAGGCAGGGAUGAUGUUGCGUGCCCUUGACCAGCUAGGUAGCUUCGACUAAAGUCACUAUCGUCAUUUAUUGUUACAGUUUAUUUGAUUUUUUACAUUUUACCUUCGCAAUAUUUGUUCCAUAUAUUCAAUCUUAUUACGACUUUUGUUUAGACUUGUACAUUAUAUUUAAAGUUGCGAGUCAUGAUAUACACAUAUCUGAAGGACGCAUUACGAGUCGAGUCAUAAGCGUUAGCUUUUACCGUAAAUAAGGAUCGCGAUAUUUCGGGCACUCUCAGAAAUCGAUAUCGAUGUCGACGAUCCGACAGCCUCAGUUCCUCUCAAGGAACCGGUCGACAGAUCACUCUGCUCACUACCGUCGCCUAUAAUAAUACUAUUACAAUUCAUUAUCAGAACGCUGUCCGCGCGCGACAUAGCUAGAAACUUAAUAAAGUCAAUUUAAAAGAAAAACUUAGAAAAAUAACUUGGUGCCUUGAAAUCAUUCUGCCGCUCUCCAGAAUAGUCCGCCACCUCAUUAUUAUCAACCUGAGGCCUUGCCUCGAGUUGCGACCGUGGAAUUAACCCGGUCAUACGCAAUUACUCAACAACUUUAUUAUACAUAUUCGUACAAUUUGUACACGAAUAUCUUGACAUACAUCAAAAUGAAUGUCGUAUAUUUAAGUUCAAGGGUUUAUUUUUAUCGUUCUACUAUGAUUUUAUAUACAAUGUAAUUAGUGUGAGAGUAAGUAGAAUAUCACGAUACUUUAUGCAUCUAAUAUUUGUAUAUUAAUAAUAAAUUUGAAUUAACGAAAUUA